AUGACUGGCACGCAUACUUCUCGUCAGGGGCACGUUUUUGACGAUUAUUCAAAUUCUGAUGUGAAUCUAUUUUUCGCGUCCUACGACGAUAUAGAAGACCUAUGUAAAAUUAUUAAUUGGGCGUACAGAGGCAAACCUUCGUCAUCGUCAUCUCAAGAACCUUAUUCUGGCUGGGUCGGUGAACAGCAUUUACUGUCGGGUGAUCGAAUAACGUCAGAGCAACUUCGAGAACUAAUCGACGAUGAACCAGAUACAAUAAUUCUCGUUGCCAAAUUGAAGACCCCCUCCGGAUUGGAAAUAGUUGGCUGUUGCAAAGUCAACAGAUUCACUCCAAACUUACAAAUUAAUGCAGAAGACGGCGAGGAAGCAUCUGUCGAGUUUGGUUUACAUGCUGUUGAUCCCGAUUAUCAAAGUCGAGGUAUAGGAAAGUUAUUGUACAACGGAGCUAUGCGCAUUGCAAAAGAGCAUUUCAAUGCAAAACGUGUUUAUCUUUACGUUAUAUCGAGUAAACAGAAUCAAAUUGAUUGGCACCUUCGACAAGGUUUUGUCGACACGAAACAAACUGCGCCUUUUCCGUUCGAUGAUACGAACCGAUUCAAAGCAAAAGUAAAUCCUGACGAAAUUAAAUUUGCUAUUUUAGUAAAAAAUUUACCUUAA